CUUCGUCUUCCUCUCUCCCACUCUCUGAAAAACCGUUUUCACUUGUCUUCAAACUCCCAAAGCGUCUCGCAUUCCAGCUCUGCGAAGCCAAAAUGUCACUCGAAUACCACCUCUUGUUCAUACCCAGGAUGGCUCUUCAAUCAUCCGUUCUGGGCUUUGAGGCAUUUGCUUGUUUGUUUCUGUUCAUGGCUGUCUUUGGUUUCUGGCUCUUCCCCGGUGGCCUUGCUUGGGCUUUUUGCAAGGUCCGGGAUUUCAAAGCGAUUCCGGGUCCACCUGGUUAUCCGCUUAUCGGGUCACUCACUGUUUUCACUGGUUCUACGCGUCACCGAGUGCUUGCUAAGAUGGCUAAGAGCCUCAAGGCCGAGGCUUUGAUGUCUUUCUCCGUGGGGCUAUCUCGGUUUGUCAUCUCAAGCCAGCCAGAGACUGCUAAAGAAAUUUUGAACAGCUCCGCUUUUGCCAAUAGGCCUGCAAAUGAGACGGCCUACGAGCUUUUGUUUUACAGAGCAAUGGGGUUUGCGCCGUACGGAGAGUACUGGAGGAAUUUGAGAAGGAUAGCAGCAACCCAUUUGUUUAGUCCUAAGAGAAUGGCUGGCUCUGAAGUUUAUAGACGUGAAGUGGGGUUGAAAAUGGCUGAGGAGAUUAGGAGUUUGAUGGUUGAGAAAGGUGAGGUUCAGAUGAAAAACGUGCUUCAUUUUGGGUCUUUGAACAACGUGAUGAUGACUGUGUUUGGGCGCUGCUAUGAGUUUGGGGAAGGCGGCGAAGGGCAUGAGCUUGAUAAGCUAGUCAGGGAAGGGUAUGAGCUGCUUGGUUUAUUCAACUGGAACAACCAUUUUCCAUUUCUAGGUUGGUUGGAUUUGCAGGGUGUGAGGAAGAGGUGCAGAAUUUUGGUUUCAAAAGUGAAUGCUUUUGUCGGAAAAAUCAUUGAAGAGCAUAGGCUGAAGAAGGUCAAAGGUGACAACUUUGACACCGACUGCAGUGGGGAUUUUGUUGAUGUUUUGCUUGCUAUGGAAAAUGAUCACAAACUCGGUGACUCUGACAUGAUCGCCGUGCUUUGGGAGAUGAUCUUCCGAGGAACUGACACAGUAGCUACUCUGCUAGAAUGGGUUCUUGCAAGAAUGGUUUUGCACCCAGAAAUACAAGCCAAAGCCCAAAGUGAAAUCGACUCUGCGGUUGGCGCCUCAAGGCCAGUUUUGGGUUCUGAUGUCGCUAACCUGCCCUACCUCCAAGCCAUUGUGAAAGAGUGUCUGAGGGUGCACCCACCAGGGCCUUUGCUCUCAUGGGCUCGCAUUGCAAUCCAUGAUGUUUAUGUCGGUGAAAACUUCAUCCCAGCAGGAACAACAGCCAUGGUGAACAUGUGGGCAAUAACUCAUGAUGAAAAGGUCUGGUCUGAGCCAAAAUUGUUUAGGCCCGAGCGUUUCAUGGAAGAGGAAGUGAGCGUCGUGGGCACUGACCUGAGGCUGGCUCCCUUUGGUUCUGGGAGGAGGGUGUGCCCUGGAAGAGCCUUGGGAUUGGCUUCUGUUCAACUCUGGCUGGCUCAGUUGCUUCAGAACUUCAAUUGGGUUCCUUCUGAGAAAAGUGAUGUGGAUUUGUCCGAGUGUUUGAAACUGUCUAUGGAGAUGAAGAGCCCACUGGUUUGCAGGGCGGUUCCUAGGUUUGUUUGAUGAUACUUUUCAUUUUAUGUUGGGGCCGGUGCUGUGUUUAUUUAUUGUAAAAUUAAUGUGGACCCUGUUCUGGUGUUAAGUAGACUUAAAUUAGGUUGCUUAGGUUGUGCAAGUUGGAGUAAAUGGUCUCCUGGGUGUGCAAGUUUUGAGUAUGUAGCUGGGCUGGUCUCAUGCACCGCACACAAGUUUGGGUUUUCCUGAUGUGCAGAAAAUGUAGCAGCUGCUUCUGGUCUGGUUUUAUGUAAUGCAUGGGCAUCUUAU